AUGACUUUGAUAGAGUUGACCGCAAAAGUUACUGAGCUCUCAGAUGAAAAGAAAGAAGGCGGAUUUAAGGUACGCGCCCGUGAUCUUUAUGCAGAACCACUUGAUCAUAUUUCCUCCGAAGACUUGGUGGAGAUGAUGAUAGUUGACGGUUGCUUUCUAAUUCAACUGUUUCGGAAGUGUAACGAUUCAAAACUCAGGGCCUUUGAUGACCCGGUUUUCAACAUGGAUUGCAUGUUCCACUUCCUCUGCCAUGACCUUUUGCUCCUAGAAAAUCAACUACCUUGGUUUGUUAUCCACAAAUUGUAUGGCCUUACCCAUGAUUUAUACCCUGUUGAGCCCUCCCUCUCUAUUCUCAUCCUUAAAGCCUUCACCAUGAUACCAUCACUGAAGCAAAGUUGCGCAACCUACAAUAUGCAUCUCCACAAAAUCAAGCGUCAUUGUGAUGCUGAUGUUCUGCACAUACUUGAUCUGGUAAGAGCUUCGGUAGUUAUUCCAAUGAGGAACAUAGACGAGAGAGCACGUGGAGCAGUUACUAGAGAUGCUAUAUUCGAUCCAGAUUGUCAUCAAAUGCAUACUGUGACCGCUCUCUCAGAGGCAGGAAUUAUAUUCAUACCGGUCAUAAAGGAAUCCUUGUUGGACAUACGAUUUGAAGAGAGGGUAGCGACGAAUGGGGUUCUUAAGAUUCCGCAGCUAAACAUUGGAAUGUCGUCCGAAACAUUAUUCAGGAACCUCAUUGCUAUUGAGCAAUGUUACCAUGUUUAUUCAAACGAAAUUACAUCAUAUGUCAUCUUGAUGGAUAACCUUAUCUCCUCCUGA